AUGGCUGCCGACAAGAAGGGUAUCUGGUACUUCGCCUAUGGCUCCAACAUGCGCUCUUCCGUUAUGAAACGACGAGGAAUAACCGCGCUGGAUGCCAAAGUAGUAGUUGUUUCCUCGCACUACCUCACGUUUGACAUUUUCGGAAUCCCCUACGCAGAACCCUCUUUUGCUAGUAUCGCCGCCUUCGUGUCAGAGAAGGUCACGAUACUUCAAACGGCAUCUCCCGCAGGUUGGACGGUGGUCCCCGCUGCCCAUGGUGUAGCAUAUCUAUUGACCCCUGCAGAUUACCGCCAACUGGUGAUUAGCGAGGGUGGUGGAGUUGCCUAUGAUGAAAUUGAAGUCGAUGCUGAGGUCCUCCAUGUCGAUGAAGGUGGGCAUGAACCAACGAGGUUGGUGGCGCGGAGCCUACAGGCCAAAUACCCCUGGGAGCCCAAUGGGGCUCCUAGCGCACGAUAUCUUGUUCGUCCACAUUCCUCGAUCUAUCUUCGGAAUCGUCCAAGCAACGAAUCUAAUCCUCUCUGGUUAUUUUGUCUUCUGAUAGGGCCUCCUCUCUGA